AUGGAAAAGCUUCUGCCUGCAUGGGGCCUUCUGCUAUACCUAUUUAAUUCACUAGAUGGCGGGAGACUGACUACUAAUAUCUGCCAUGAGUCUAACACUUCAAUAGCGCUCUCGCAAAUAAUCAGUGGCCUGCGACAACCUCUACUGUGCAUAUUGGUACCCUCCACAGCACUUGACGAAGGCUGCCAAAACGACAGCGGGUUUAAGUUUAAUGAAUUCUUACAGCGACUAAAUCAAAUCUACUAUAAAUCAGUUAUAUUCAGCGACACCGAGCUCUUUUUUCAGCACAUUGAGAACCAUCUUCAAGGAGCCAACGAAUGCAUCAGCCUUAUUUUUGACGACCCAAAGGAGCUGUUGCACCGCCUUUACUACCGGCGCCUUGCACAUCGUCUAAGCUUGUUUAUCUUCUAUUGGGGAGCUCGUUUGCCACCAAGAUCUGACGCUAUUAGUUUCAGGGAGCCGCUGCGAGCAGUGGUGAUCACCUGUCCCCGCCAAAAUGCUUUCCGCAUCUACUACAACCAGGCCAGACCGUGUAGCGUCGGUCAUCUGCAGCUGGUUAACUGGUAUGAUGGUGAAAGCCUUGGUCUGCAACGGAUACCUCUUCUGCCAACGGCGGCAUCCGUAUACGCCAAUUUUGAGGGUCGUACUUUUUUAGUACCAGUGUUUCAUUCUCCGCCGUGGUUUUGGGUCACCUAUUACAAUAACAGUUACGAAGAGGAGGAGAUUCCAAAAGUGUUUGGUAGCACGCAGUAUAUUGAUUUGAAAGUCACGGGUGGUCGAGAUCAUCGCUUACUGAAAGUACUGGCCAAGCAUAUGAACUUUCGGUUCAAGUAUAUCGAUGCUCCGGGACGAACACAGGGAUCAAUAAGGUCUGAUAAUGCCAAGGAGUCAAAUGACAGUUUUACGGGUGGAAUUGGAAUGCUACAAUUUAGAAGGGCAGACCUUUUUUUGGGUGACGUUGGUCUAGGCUUGGAGCGCCGAAAGGCUGUCGAGUUCUCGUUUUUUACCCUGGCGGACUCAGGAGCCUUUGCCACUCAUGCCCCCAGACGCCUUAACGAAGCUUUUGCUAUAAUGCGCCCAUUCAAGCCAGACAUCUGGCCAUAUUUAAUUCUGACGAUUCUCUUCUCCGGACCUAUCUUCUAUUGUAUUAUUGCCAUGCCUUAUAUAUGGCGUCGACGCUGUGUCUAUCCAGAUAUCGAGCAUUUUGGGAAACAAAUGUCUUCCACGUCAUACAUCAAGGAGAUUACACCACGAAAAUUAAUGUUAAAGCCUAUGAUGAUCCCGUCCGCCCAGCAGAUGCCCUUUCAACUGUUUGAUAAGUGUAUCUGGUUCGCUUUACGCUUAUUUUUAAAGCAAUCAUGUCAGGAAUUGUAUUACGGCUACCGUGCAAAGUUUUUAACUAUUGUGUACUGGAUCUCAGCAACAUAUGUCCUGGCUGAUGUGUAUUCGGCUCAAUUGACCAGCCAGUUUGCACGACCCGCCCGUGAAGCACCAAUCAACACGCUUCAGCACCUGCAGGCAGCCAUGAUUCACGAAGGUUAUCAGCUGUAUGUGGAAAAAGAAAGCAGCUCCUUGGAAAUGCUGGAGAAUGGGACGGAACUCUUUCGACAGCUUCACGCCCUAAUGCGGCAGCAGCAGCCUGGUAAAAAUCAGACAUUUUUUAUUGACUCUGUGGAAGCUGGCAUCCAAAUGAUCGCCAGUGGCAGCGUUUCCAAAGUAGUGCUGGGUGGACGUGAAACUCUUUACUUUAACAUUCAGCAAUAUGGAGCGUAUAAAUUUCAGCUUAGUCAAAAGCUGUACACUCGGUACUCAGCGGUGGCCGUACAAAUCGGUUGCCCUUUCCUUGACAGUCUAAACAAUGUCCUCAUGCACUUGUUUGAAGGAGGAAUCCUAGAAAAAAUGACCACCGCCGAAUACGCAACACAGGCCCGCAAGAUUUCAAUGAAGGGACCUCAGCAAUAUAAAGACGUUACAAAAAUUGACAAGGGAAGCACGAACAUGAAAAACAGUCGUUCCCAAAAUCGAGACAGUGAUGAUAUCAGUCCUCUCAACUUGGGAAUGCUACAAGGCGCUUUUAUCGCAUUAUUUGUAGGCGCACUAGCUGCAGGUGCCGUUCUUCUGUUUGAGUUUAUUUUUAACCAACUUUCCCUUGGUUAGAAGCAAUUUUGGCGUAUUCAAUGGGAUUGGUAAAACGAGAAAAUGUAAGUCCGUGAAAUUAAACAGCACAAAUUAAACAAACUUUUCAUAUGUGCGGAGUCGAGUGACCCCUCACAAAUAGCGCCCAUAACAACACAAAUAGCGCCAACAA